AUGAGGUUCCUCUACCUUGUCUUCGCUGUUUUCCUCCUGGUCUCCCUGGCCGUUCCAGGCUAUGSCAKUGGGAAGCUGCCCUGCCCAAAGGAAGGAGUAUGUGCCAGCGCCUGCGCCAAGGGAUACUCCUGGAAUUUAGCCUCCAACUGCAAGGAGUACUGCUGCAUCCCACUGGCAAAGAAGUGGAAAUAA